CCUCGCGCCGGUGGGGGCUCCUCGGAGAGGUGAUGGAGGCAGUCGCGAUAUACAACUUCAAGACCACGGAGAGGGACGAGCUGCCCUUCAACAAAGGAGACACGCUGAAGAUACUGAAUAUGGAAGACGACCAAAACUGGUUUAAAGCCGAACAUUUCGGGAAAGAAGGUUACGUCCCAAAGAAUUAUAUUAAAGUAAAGCCCCAUCCGUGGUACGGCGGCAGGAUCUCCAGGCAGGUGGCCGAACAAAUCCUGCUGAAGCGGAAGUUCUUGGGCGCCUUCUUAAUACGAGAAAGCGAGAGCUCGCCGGGGGAAUUCUCCAUUUCAGUCAACUACGGGCAGCAUGUGCAGCAUUUCAAGGUCCUGAGAGAGAAGGCCGGGAAUUACUACCUGUGGGAAACGAAGUUCAACUCGCUGAACGAGCUGGUGGAUUAUUACCGCAGCAGCUCCAUCGCCAAAUCCCACCAAGUCUUCCUGCGAGACAACGAGGAGAAGAAGAAAAAGCAGUUUGUCCAGGCGCAGUUUGACUUCAUCCCAGAAAAGGCCGCCGAGCUCUCCAUCAGACGAGGUGACAUCAUCGAGGUUCUUGACUCUUCUGAUCCCAACUGGUGGAAGGGCAGGAUCUCCGGGAGGGUCGGUUUAUUUCCAAGUAACUACGUGAACAAGAUCUACAUGUGAUCAACGAUCCCACCGUAUAUCUCAAGACGGAGAUAUUUCCCUGAAUAUGGAGAUAUUUGCCUGAAAAUGGAGAUAUUUGCCUGAAUAUGGAGAUAUUUCCCUGAAAAUGGAGAUAUUUCC